CUGAUAAUAGAAGCUUUACCUCCAUCUGCUUCUUUCAUUGCACAACUCGACUACACUUUGAAAAUCAAUGCCUGCCACACAGAAGGAAAUGCAGGAUGCCCGUCUACCUUUGGGCUACCGCGACUUUUGCGCCGACUUGUUGAUCCCCCUCAACAAGUGCCGCUCUGAGACCUAUUACUUGCCAUUCAAGUGUCAAGAUGAACGCCAUGUCUAUGAAAAGUGCCAAUACGAUGAUUAUAUCCGCAGAAUGAAAGCUGCAGAGGACAAGAAGCGCGAGGCUGCCGAAGAGUAAAUAAAGGUCAAGAUUAAGACCAAGAUCUUGAAGAAUCACACCACUAGACAAUAAAAUUAACACUCAGAUUCCGAAGUGACCG